GUGUAUCCUCCAGUUCUACACACAUCUCGAUUCUCCCAGACACAAAUUCACUUUCAACAAUUUUAUUUUUUCCAUAUAAAAAAAGGAUCAAACUUGAGAAGUCUCUUCUGUUCCCAACCACUCAAAAUGUCCUCCAUGGCUUCCUCCACCGCUUUCUUCACACCCCUCCAUGAUUUCACUCAAGCCAGAACAACCCCAUCACCCCCUUUGCCUUUCAUCAAAUCCUCCUUUGCUUCCUCCAAGUCAACCUUUUUUCACCCUGCCCUUUCCCUACAAACCUCUUCCAACUUUCCCAGGCUUUUUGGAAAGCCUAAGUUUUUCUCUGUUCAUGCAAGGGCUGCCACAGAAAAAACCAUUUAUGAUUUUACUGUCAAGGAUAUUGACAGAAAGGAUGUUUCUCUUAGCAAGUUUAAGGGGAAGGUUCUAUUGAUUGUCAAUGUUGCUUCACGAUGUGGUUUGACAUCAUCAAAUUACUCGGAGCUGUCACGCUUGUAUGAAAAAUAUAAGAAUCAAGGUUUGGAGAUUUUAGCUUUCCCCUGCAAUCAAUUUGGUAUGCAGGAACCUGGAUCAAAUGAAGAUAUUAAGCAAUUUGCUUGCACUCGAUAUAAAGCAGAAUUUCCAAUUUUUGAUAAGGUUGAUGUCAAUGGACCAUUUACAACUCCAGUGUACCAGUUUCUGAAAUCGAGUGCUGGAGGCUUUUUGGGUGAUCUUAUAAAGUGGAAUUUUGAGAAAUUCUUGGUUGACAAAAAUGGUAAAGUUAUUGAAAGAUACCCACCAACAACGUCUCCUUUUCAAAUUGAGAUUGAAGCCUGAAGAAGGAUAUCCAGAAGUUACUUGCUGCCUGAGUGUAAUUCAGAACACAAACGAGAGCUGUAUGUAAGAGCACGAACCGAGUGAUGUGUGCACAAUAAGUUAAAACUGAAGAUGAGCAAUAAGUAUAGCUAUGCAAUUUACUUUGGUGUCUUUACUAAAGAAAUUAUCAGUUUAGGGAAGAAAAUUAUACUGUAUUACCCCAAAAUGAUUGAAUAUAGUAUAUGUUUCUCUCUUUCUUUUUUUCUUUUUGUGGAAGAAUUCUCUGGCCAUUUAUAUUAUUAUUCUCUAAGUAAUAUGCUUUCAUUGAGAAA